UAAGAAAACACACAUAAAACAAGCUUAACUAACGCAGCUUGUUUAUUCCCCCCAUUCACUCAAAUCGCUCUUCAAUGCUCUGUCAUUGUCACUCAGACACUUUCUCUCUCCUCUCUCCUCCCACCUCCUGACCUCCCCCUUUCUCCUUCCAUUGCUGAAAAUUCACAACAAUUCAUUCAAAAUUCCAUCGCCAUUACUGUACCUUAAACCCUAGCUUAGGGUUUUAGCUUCAAUUUGGGGAAAAUUUAAAAUUAAUUUCAUCAUCUUCACCAAAUCAUGUUGUAGUAAGCUUCGAAUUUUUUAUUAAUCGGAAGCCAUGGUUGAUGCUACAGAGAUUAAGCUCAAGAAAGUUGCCGUUACUGAAGAAGAUGUCUGCACUCUCUUACAGAGGUAUUCAGCGACGACAGUUUUGUCGCUACUUAGAGAGGUUGCGCAAUUUCCAGAGGUGAAAAUUGAUUGGCAGGCGUUAGUGGAGAAGACGAAAACUGGAAUCAAAACUGCUAGGGAGUAUCAGAUGUUAUGGCGUCAUUUGGCUUAUCGCAAACCCUUGAUUGAGAAUGUUGAUCCUGAGGAUCCACCUUCGGAUGAUGAUAGUGACCUGGAAUAUGAAUUGGAAGCACGUCCCCCAGUUAGCAAUGAAGUUGCUACAGAGGCUUUAAACUGUGUAAAGGUGCUUGCUUCUGGAUCGGCUAACCAGUCUAGUAUCCCCAACAGCUCAAGUGUGGAGGGUAGGGCACUUAAUAUUAAUUCAUCACAUGUUUCUUCAGAAUUUCCCCAAGCUUCAGGAAACUUUGGCGAAGGGCUGGAUGCAAAUGGAUUACCAAUCAAUCGGAAGCGAAGAAAACCAUGGUCGGAGGAGGAAGAUCUAGAACUGAUUACUGCCGUUCAAAAAUUUGGUGAGGGAAGUUGGGCGACUAUCUUAAAAGGAGAAUUCAAGGGGAAUAGAAACGCUACUCAGCUAGCUCAGAGGUGGAAUAUUAUUAGGAAGAAACAGGGCAUCUUAAAUAUUGGAGGGACCAAAAUAGCUAGCCCACAACCUACGGAGGCUCAGCUGGCUACCCGUCGUGCUCUUGAUAUGGCUUUCAAGGACAAGCUAUCAACUGGUUGUAGCACUGUUGGCAAUGCACCUGCUGGAACUACUUCACCUAAAAUAAGUGUCUCAAAAACGGACUUGCCAAUUACCGGAGCUUCUGUUCCAUCAUCCCAGCCGCAGUCCUCGCCAGUCACCGACUUAACAUCAUCUGUGCCGAAGGCUCGGCCUCAGAAAAAGGUAGGUCAACCAAGUGUCGGUACUGAUUCCAUUCAAGCUACUGCAGUAGCUGCAGGGGCCCGAAUUGUCAGUCCCUCAGCUGCUGCAUCUAUGUUCAAGGCUGUACAGUCAAAAAAAGCAUUGCAUAUAAGAGGAGGUGAUUCUUUAAUCAAGACUUCUGCUGUGGGGUGUUCAAGCCCUCUGCCUCCCAAUGUACAUUUUAUACGCACUGGGUUAUCUUCGACACCAACUUUCACGGCUUCUGCAGGAACUGCAUCCUGUGUUGCAGGGCAACAAGCCAAGAGUAAUGGUGCAAUAAAGCCCCCUGUUCCUCCAGCUGCAGUAUCUCAGCUUCCGAAAGCAAGAACCCCAUCUGCUGUAGGAAUGGAGCUAACUACUGCUGCCCAGCAGAUGGAAAAUAGAACUUCAACUGCAGUAAAUGUUCAAGGCUCAGAUACUAAAUUGACCAGAGUCCAAGAAGAUAAUGCUUCCCCUCCCCAAUGUUUGCCAGACUCAUCACUUGAUAAGUGCCGGGCAACAUCUACUGGUGCAGAUGUGGGUCUUAGUAAAUGUAUGGUCAGUAUUGGCAGUUCUCAAUCUGCAAAUGUAGCCAGGAAUGAAGUUAAAGAUGAUGCUUGCAAGAAGAUCUUUGAAAGUUCAGCCCUAAAAAGUGAUAAUGAGAAGCUCUCUGCCGUUCAGAAUCUUCAAAGUGGUAUCUCAGGUGUGAAAGGAACACCUGAAGUUCCACCAAGCAGGAUCGUUGAUGAGGGUGCUGAAAAGAUGGAGGUUUCAAAGGAAGUAUCGGUUAGUGUCAAAAUAUCUAACCAAACGAACUUAUAGUAUUGUGGUUAGGUCUAUAUAUGUAAAUGUCUGCCAUUUUUCUCUGCUUAUUGUUGUGUCUGUGUUUAUAAAUAGUGGUUCAAGUUCUGUUUGGCAACUGUUCAAUACUUUUAUUUGAAACAUUACAUUGAAAGUACAUUUUUGUAUGAUCAUAUAGUCACUACUUUCCUCUAAUCCUCUGGUUGUAAAGAAAUCAACUCCCCCCCCCCUCCCCCUGCGGCUUUAUUGUAUUUUUAAAGCAUGAAAUCAUAAUUUCUUGCUAUAUGAAGGUUUGGGGGAGUAUCUAAAGCUUGAAUUACAGUACAAGAGAUGAUUUUUAAAGAUUAA